AUGGCCACCAUCUCUGCGUGCUCUCCGACCUCCACCGUUGCACGUGCUGCGCUCGUGCCCAAGGCUCCGGCACCACGCCCCUCCGCCGUUCUCGGGUUGCCGGCAAUGAGUAGCAUGGGCAAGAUGAGAUGUUCGAUGGAGGGAAAGGCAGCGAGCGAGUCAAAAUUGGGGAUGGGUGCAUCUAUGAUGGCGGCGGCGGCUGCAGCCGCCAUGUCCAGCCCAGCAGCCAUGGCUCUGGUGGAUGAGAGAAUGAGCACGGAAGGGACGGGGCUCCCAUUCGGGCUGAGCAACAACCUUCUUGGUUGGAUACUGUUGGGUGUCUUCGGUUUAAUCUGGUCUCUCUACAUCGUCUACACUUCUGGCCUCGAUGAGGACGAGGAGUCUGGACUCUCCCUCUGA